CAAAAUGACGUCACAAAAUGGUCGACGCGGUCGCUCAGUAUAAAAACUAAAAAUUAAGGCAAAGGUUGGUUGUCCAAACUGCUGAUUCUGCCAGAAAUUGUUUCAUUCGCGUCGAGGCAUCGCGGUGGCUUGUUCGAUUAAAUGCUACUUACUUGAUUUGUGUACACAGUGACUGGUAGCUAAGGAGACUCGAGAUGGUUUACCCUGUUGUACUUAAGUUUACGAAAAUGUUGGAGUCUACGUGUCCCGUUUUACUGAAAUUAAUGUGUUUAUCGCUGCUGGUGUGCUCGGUGCAGGGCCUUCAGCUGGACAGCCAGGCCUCCACACGAAGGCCGAGGGUCACGAAGUACAGCAGAACGACCGUCGCUCCGGGGGGCACAACUGAGGCGGUGACAGAACGGAGUUUAUCGACAGCUACAUAUCGCCUCCAGGGCAGCGGCGGGGAGACAUGCAUCCUGCUCACAGUAGACGCGCUUAUAGAUAUCUCUUAUCUCACCAAGCUGAACGAGCGAGCGGAUGCGAACACAUUCGUGCCGAACAACGCGAACGUGGGGGGCGUGUGCAAGGAGGGGGACGCCGAGCAGCUCGUCAUCUCCUUUAAGGACUUCACACUCGAAUUCUCGUUCGCUAAGACACCAGGCGGCGAACGCUGGUAUUCCGGCAACAUCAAACUGAGCUAUAACUCCAGCGCACGAGUUUUAGAGCACGCUGCCAAGCAAGGACGUCGGGUCGUUCUGACAACCGACUCUCGAAAUCUUCUGUUUCCUACUCCGGUCGGCAAAUCGUUCUUCUGUCCUGAGGAGACGGUUAUAGAACUUAAUGAGGAGGAGACUAAUCCAGCCACCGCCCACAAAGCCAAGCUGUACCUCCGCCAAAUGCGUCUCCAAGCCUUCAUGUUCAAACGCGAUGGCGAAUUCGGUCCCCCCUGGCACUGUUCGGACUCGGCCCGAGCGCGCUCCGAGACCGCUCCCGUCGCCGUGGGCGCCGCGCUCGCGAUAGCCACCGCCGGUACUCUGGUCUGUUACGCUAUCUGGCGCUAUUUGAAGGUCAAGAAGGUACAAUAUGACACGAUGGAGUGAAGGGGUUAGGUGCGUUCUGGACGUUUUUGUUGUUUUUAGGGAUAUGCGCGAUAUCGAAAAUAUCGAUAUCAAAAAGUUUAACAAGUUUAAAAUUUUAAUAAGGGAUUUUUUGACAGGAUUUUUUUUUCAAUAACUGACAGCUGUAGAUGUCAGAUCUCAUACUAAAAAGUUCGAUUAUGAAGUAAAGAUAAUGAGGGCUAUCGUUUUUUUGCUUACCAGUUGGCGCCUCUGUUGAUGGUGGUCCAAAAGACUAAAGAACAGCUGUCAGUCAUUGAAGUGACAAGUGGCAUUUGACAUUUCGAACUAUGGAAAAGACCACCAUCUACACUAGCGCCCCUAGCGGCGAAUUCAUACGCGUUAGCCCUCAUUACGUUUCGCUCUAGAUUGCAUUAUUUGAGCGAUAGGGAUGAUAUUAAUUUCAUCGUCAAUCUAGGCUUAUCUGUGUUUGAAAACCCUUAUUAAUGGAUUUAUAUAUUUAGUUGUAAAGCAGCCUUAUGAUGACUUGCUUUUUAUGUUUGAUGUUGUAUAAUUGCUAGCGAAAUGAUGGAACUUUAGAUAAGUGUUUGGAAACGGUUCUAAUGAUAUUUGUAACUUUGUUAAACAAGUUAAAAGGAGAAGGAGUUGCUUUUUAAUCUCACACUUAAUUUUUUGAUGCGAAUGUGAUAUUUCACGAUUUUAUACUUUUUGUGGACGUAGGUAUUUUUUUGUGGGUUAAGUUCAGAACGCAUUGUAUGUAAGCUAAGUUAGUGAGAUCUCAAAACUAAUUAUGCCAAUGUCGAUACCUUUUUAGAGCGGUAGACCAAACUGAUGUCAAUUUGACGUUUGACAAGUUGUCAGAUUUGACGUACGCAAGUGAGAUAAGUAAUAUAUGGUUCGCACGGCUACCAACGCUAAGCGCAAAUUCAUUGUUGCCAUAUCAUAAUUUAAUUACACGUUGAAGUUGAUAGGCUUGUAUUUUAAAUAAGAAUAUGAAAUGUCCAUAUCAUACAUGGGAUGUAUUAUAAUUUCCUUAGCGCAGUUCCUCUAGUGAUGUGAAAUGAAAUAUCGAUCAUUAUUACGAAAUCGUUUAUGAACUCAUUUUUUUGUAAACAAAAUUGAAAUCGAGUGAGUAUAUCAGAUAUUAUAAUAAAAAAAAAUCAUCUACAUAUAAUAGUGUAAUGAACGAAAAAUGAACUAAAAAGGCAGUAAGUCUGCGAGAAAGUUAGUAAUAGUUGUUUAAAAAUGUUGUUGACGGUUGAUUAUUAAUGUAAAAACAUAUUUAAUCCCCAUCCUAUAUAACCCCAAAACUCCCAUAGGUUAGAACCUUUUAUUUACUAAAAAACUAAGAAAAUUGGCUUACACUCAUUGGAAUUAUAAUUUAGAGUCAAUUUACUUGAGGACUAUAAUUAGUGCAUCAUAAUCAUUAUAAUAGGUACAUAUCACAUGAUAAUAAUUAUAUAAUUUAGCGUUCAUUGUAAUUAUAUGGAGGAUAUAAUGAUAUAUAAUUUGUUUGCGGUAGCGGACACUAUAACGAGUACGUGUACAAGCAAUAAGUACGUUUUUAUUAUGCCCGUCGUAUGACAUAUGGCUGAAUCGAUGUUGUAUUGUGCGCAAAACUUGGGGUUACUAGUGUCGUAUAUCGUAUUGUAGAGUUAAGGUUACCUAUGUGCUCCAGGCUGGCUCCAGGGGUCCGAAAAACUCAUAGACAUUACAUAGAUCAGCUAUACGCGUGCGUCCGUGAGGGACAAAACAUACGCAGAGCGACAAUAAUGAUUGGUCGAGUAGAUUUGUAGCCCACCAUAAACCAUACUAAAUUUACGGUGAGGAAGGUGACAAGGACAAACAAUAACAGCUCUUUCUCUGCUACUCCUACCGAAAGAUACAUAAGACUAUCCUGUUCGGUCAUUUCCCCCCACCCCUCAUGACCAAUCCAGCUAUACUAGAUUCAUGGAAAAACUACAUCAGUGUUGGUGACAAGAUCAUACCUACUCAAAAUCUGUAAUUUUUUAUUAGGGAUCUAAAUAAAAUGCAUAUCAGUGCUGUUAACAAGAUCAAAAUAAAAAUUGUAUAUGUUUCUUGGACAGUAAUUUUCUUGACUUAUUAGCUUACAGUUUUUGUAUACUACUUGGUGAAAAUGGUGAACAAAACCGCCACCACAAUGUAUGGAUGCUAGAAUUUUUAAGCGUGAUCCUCUAUAAUGAGAAUUUAACUGUCAGCAGUUUAGGAUAUCAUGGAUUGAGUUCGGAUUCAGAAAGCAACAGUGUCUCUGUAGUAUUUAUGAUACCAAAAAGACCUAUUAAUUGAAUUAAUUUGUGGUAUUUUCUAUAAAAACUGACCUUAUUGUCGAUGGCGCUUACGCCAUUAUUAACGAUGCUGUGAUAAAAAUACAAUGCCGCGCGACGCUGUGCGUCGUAAGCGCCAUCGACAAUAAGGUCCCUUUUCAUAGAAAAUGCCCCAUUUACGCACAGCGUUUAUGAAGACCAGUAAUGCACUGCAGAGCUGUUGAAAAACUAACUCUUGAACCCCUGGACCCGCUGUUAUAAUUCUGUUCAAUAUCUAACAAUAGGGUAUUUGACUACUAGUCAAAUCAAUCUUUUUCGAACUGUCAAAACAAUUUUUCUACUAUGGAAUUUAUAUGAAACACUAGCAUGUGACGUCACAAUCAAAUUACCUACUCUUUAUAGUUUUAUACGGGUUUAAAAAUAGAAGUUGUGGCUAAAAAUAACUGCUGUCUACGUUUCUCUAUUAACCUUUUAGUGCUUAAUUUCAUGCAUGGUGGAAAAUAAUUAAUUUUAAAUACAGUCAAAUACCCUAUAUCUAACAAUAUCUAUCUGUUAUGUGUGGUGUGUGUGUUAUGUUAUCUGUUAUGUUCUGUUAUUUAUGUUCGUUCUUUGUCUAUUUAAAAUCAAUUUGAUUCUACUUUUAAAAGUCUACUUUUUAAUUAUAUAUAUGUGGUAUUUUCUAUAAAAUGGGACCUUAUUGUCGAUGGCGCUUACGCCAUUAUUAACGAUGUUCCGAUAUAAAUACAAUGCCGCGCGACGCUGUGCGGCGUAAGCUCCAUCGACAAUAAGGUCCCUUUUCAUAGAACAUGCCCCAUAUAAUUGACUUACUAUAGGGUACAUGGUUUUGACAAAAACAUAUCAUUUUUGUCAUAUGAUUAACUAUAAGCAUUUCUUUAGGUACUUCGUAAAACCCCAUACUUCCAGUAUACCUCUGCAAUGUAGCAUCGCUUUUUUGUAUAACUGUAUUUAUUACGAGGCAUACAGGCUCUAAAAAUUCUAUUUUAUAUUAUACUUAUUUGUAAUAUUAUACUCAAAUAUAUUUAUAAGCAAAAGAGAAAUAACUAGUAUUAAAGACCAGAGGCCGGAAUUAUCGUGGCAUUUUUGAAUUGUCAUAGCGACUUCUCAUUUGUUGACUUCCGAUAUAUACAUACAUAUAUCGAUACAAUAUAGAAAACAACAUAUUAAAGAAGAUUAAAAGUAGAGGUAAACAACAGGUGGUCUUAACGCUAAAGAGCCAUCUCUUCCAGAUAACUUUUGAGUAGUGAAAAAGAAAUAAAAACAAUGAAAACUUAAUGGUUAACAAUUUCACAUGUAAUUAAUUGGUAUCAGUGUUUUUUCCAUUUCAUAUUCAAUGUCUGGUUUUAGUGCUAACACGUGUUUCAUUAGUUUCUUUAAAAAAUAAAUAGAUAGUCAUAUUUUUUCCAUAUGACGUGGUUUUAAAUUUCUUCCUUUACAGUCUAAUAGCUAAUAUUGUCUUCGGUUACCGCGAUAGUUACUCAUGAAAUAAAACUAUGAAAACAGAUUAUAUCGCGUAUAUUGAAUUUAUAAUACAUCCCGACGUUUCGAACCCUUUACAGCGUUCGUGGUCAACGGGUGACUGAGGAAAAAUUACAAAGUGCAAAAAUACCCACAUACUAAAAUAAUGAACAAUCAUAGACUAUAAACUUUAAGGCUGAUUGUGGUUUUCAUAGUCUUAUAGCUAUCAAGUAUUAACUUUUUAAUAUGUUGUUGUUCUAUAUUGUAUCGAUAUAUUGUAUAUUAUCGGAAUUCGAUUAAUGAGAAAUUUCUACGACAAUUCAAAAAUGCCACGAAAAUUCCGGCCUCUGUUAAGGACACUAGUGGCCAAGUUUUGUUAGUUAAGCGCUAUGUGUUAAAGCUUGAGUAAAGGCUAUAUUUGUUUAUCGUAACCUAAUACUCAUCAAUUACUAUUAUACAUAUCGUUUAAUCUAAGUUAAUGUAACAUGCGUUUUGUGAUCACUGUCGUGUAAGUUUGUAUCUUGUUUGUAUGCAUUUAGGGUUGCAUUUAGCUUAAGUUAGAUAUAUAGUCCCUCAGUCUUGCUUGCUGUACAUAGGGAGAGCUUUCGUUUCGCCAAGUACAGAAUUCCACUUUUAUAUUUAAUCUACUUGGAUUUUUCGAUAUAUUUAUACAUACAUGCAUGAUGCUUUUUUCAUCUAAUGUAAAUAUUUCUUGUCUCGUAAGCCACUUUUCGAAUUUUUCGAUUUGAAUCGCACUAUUUGUUUUGUAUUUCAAAUAAUGUAUCAUUUUAAGAAACUCUGAAUAUUUCUGAAACAUUUUCUAGUAGAAAGAUAUUCUAUUUUCCUAAUGGUUUUGUAUGGGACUCCUGUAGUUUGUUUCCUCAAUAGUUUGAUAGCAUUACGAAGGUAUCGGUGCAUUUGUAUUUUAAAAAUAAUGUUGUACUAAAAAUAUUAUAUGCCAUACGAUUUGUCUUCCAGUAACAUUGAUCUUAACAAUAGCGUAAAGUAUUGUAGCUUAUUAUACAUAUACAUAAUUAUGGUCAUAAUCAAAGGUGGUGGUGUUAUGGUAGAUUGUUAAGAUAGGACGGAGCAAGAGUCAUUGACUUUAGUCGUGUCUAAAUACUCUAACUUAUAAGAAAUGUAAUAAACUCAAAACACCAAUUACAGAUAUUUUGGUAAAGCACAACAUAACAUAACAUUCACCACUAAAUAAUAUCUAAGUGACAUAUCUCAAAUUAUUGUAAUUUAGUGCGUUCAUUUAUUGAAUUGUCUUUAUGAAUAAAUGACGUCGAAAU